AUGUCCGACCUCGUCCCUUCCAGUUGGCCGACGCUGAGCAGGAGCCUCGUUGUUCUUGGAAUUGGCAUUGGCCUGGCGCUGUCGGCCUCGACGUUUGCCCAUUGGCGCGGGCGGCGCAUAGGCUUUGCGCAAAUCUCGCUACUGCUGGUCGCUGGCCUGCUGUCGCCGCGUGCGCGACCGCAAGCACCGCCUGCCCUCCCGCCGCAGCUUUCGAAACAUCAUGCCGGAGACGAACAGCUUCUUCUGACUGACCUGGCCGACAACAUGGACCUUCAUCCGGCCGCGCGUCAACGUCCCGCCGAAUCUGUGCGCGAGCUUCCCGACCGCGACCCAGACCUCACGCCUUCAGGGGGCCCACUCCCGUGCGCCGGUGCUUCGUCCAGCAUGCCUCCUCCACCUCACCCAAAUUCCCGGGGGCACCACCACUCUCAUUCCACCUCCAGCUCCGUCUCCACGCUCCCUCACCCGCCGCCAAUGCCCGCCCACGCUCGCUCAAUGUCGCAUGCCGACGCAACCACCGCCCGCCAGCACAAACGUCUUUCCCUCAAUUUCCCCGUUCCUGUGCAACCCGCCUCGCCCGGUCACAUUCCGUCGCCCCGCCGCGCCCGCCCAGCCUCGUGGAUUGGCGCCGGUCCUGUGCGCCCCGACGCUUUCCAGUCUUCGCUCGCAUCCCCUCCGCCCGACGGCAACUUCUUCACCGCGCUGGCCGCCCAGGAACGACGGGUCUUGGAGUUGAAGGAUGAGCUUGCAAAAGCCGAAGAACACCUGAAGGACUUGAAGAAGCAAUGGGCAAACCAGGAGGCUGCUCGUAAAGGCCAAAAGGAGGGCUAUGGCUUCCAUCCGCUGCGCCCGCUCAACACCAACAUGCCCAACCUCGGCAUAAUUGACGAUGAUCCGGAUGGCCCCAGCUGGAUGCAGAAGGAGAUGGAGCGCAGAAGAGCUAUUCUGCAUGGCCAACGGAGCUCGAACCGGAGGGUCUUUAGCGGAUCCCGCCAUACUCGCACCCUCUCCUUGCUGUCUCCUGACAAGACCAAGCCCGAUACAUCCUUCCCCAAGCCCGCUGCGAGAAGGUCAGAUGACUUGCCCAGUCGCGCCCCUAGUCGCAUACGCUCCUCCACCACGCCGGAUAUCACGAAUGAAUCAUCCGAGCAGAUGGAACAGGGUGAUGCGCUUGUACGCACCGGGAAGCAGAUGGCGACAGACUUCAAGGACGGCCUGUGGACAUUCUUCGAGGAUCUGCGCCAGGCCACGGUGGGCGAUGAGGCCAUCUCUGGCACGCCGACUCGCGCUGGCUACCCAGUCCGCCGUCAACCCAGCGGAGCAAACACCGCCUCCAGCUCGUCUACCAGCCUCAGCCGAUCAAAAAGCAUGGGCCACGCGCGCAAGCCGAAAUCGUUGCAGCCUUCCGGUGAUGGAUCCGCGCUGAUAGACAUCGAGACGGACUUUUGGAAGGAGCAUGGGAUCGAGGCACCCAAACCCGCCGUCGUCAAGCACACCAAGUCCACCACCACUCCGCAGAAGGUUCAGAACCGCUCCAGUCAGAACUUCGAAGAUAGUUGGGAAGACUGGGAGACGCCACCGAAAGACGACAAAUACGUUCCCGGCCACUCGAGCACUAACAGCUCAGUCUCCGAAGGCCAGGCUUCCCACUGUUCUGACGGCAGCAGUCCGCGGACCAGUACUAGCUCGGGCCCCGGACUAGCACCUCUCGAUCUCGGCAAAGUCCGCGAAGCGAAGCGCUCCUCGACGGGUCCGUCCUCUCCGUGGCACGCCCUGAGCAAGCUCUCACCUAGCAACGUCAAACGCGCGGCCUCCAACUUCAUGGACGAAUGGGAAAAGAGCAUCACUUCACCGACCGAAGGUUCCAUGGCCGAAGCCGAGGCCCUGCAGGAGUAUAUCGCCUCCAUGACUCCACCCAAGACCAGCAAGGCUGAAUGA